AUAAUUUACUUUACAAUCAUAAAAUUUUAAUUCAAUAAUUUCAAGUUUUUUUUUCAAUAAAUACCGUUAUAAAAACUUAGUUUCCUUGAAAGUUUCCCAAUACCUUUUUUUACAUCACAUCGAAUGUAGUUUUGAAAGUUUAUUUAAUAUUUGAUUAUAGGUAAUACAAUUCAAUUUACGAUAAAGGAUUUCUCACAAAUGCGAUUCACUUAACAUGACAAACCGCAAACGUUUUAUAAGCACAAAUCAUUCGAUAUUUUUGAUUUGGACUUUAUAAAAAUAAAUCUAGAUUAAAAUGGAUUAUCAACCUCGAUAAAAAUCAUAAUGCUUAUUUCAUCAAGUAUUAACAAAAAUAUAAUAGUAACACUAAAAUUAAUUUAUCAAAAAAAAAUUAAUCAGAAUAAUAUCUUCGACAGUUUGAUUAAAAUAGAUAUAUAGUGGUGUUAUUGGCUUAUAAAAAAAUACAUUGCCAGAAAUUUUAAUAAUUUGCGUCUGAAGUGGUGCUGCCAUCUGUAUUUUGAUUUGCACUACUAUGGUUACGAAGGUUAGACAUGUAUUGACAGCAAAACAUUGAAUAAACUCAUACAAAUAAAAGUUUCCUGUGUUGUCAUUAAGAAAAACCUCUCCUGCAAAGUAGUUAUUAAAUUUUUAUUAAAAUGCUAUCUGCUUUAGUUAAAGAUCAUCAAACUAAACAAGCAAUAAGGAAAGAAAAACAAGAACAAAAACGAAAAGAAGCUGUACAAGCAGCCAACAAUCUAACUCAAGCUUUAGUAGAUCACUUAAAUGUUGGUGUAGCGCAAGCUUACUUGAAUCAAAAGAAACUUGAUGCAGAAGCCAAACAAUUGCAAAUUAGUGCAACAAAUUUUGCAAAACAAACACAACAAUGGCUUCAUCUGGUUGAAUCAUUCUCUAGUGCUCUUAAAGAGAUUGGUGAUGUUGAGAAUUGGGCAAGAAGCAUCGAAGGAGAUAUGAGAACCAUAGCUACUGCCUUAGAAUAUUCUUACAAAGCCACCCAAGAAUCAUCGUCGUCUUCAUCUGCAUAAGUGUCUAAUGAAACUUUUUUGAGAUCAAGAUAUACGUAUUUGAAAUUAUUAUUGAUUUAAAUACUUCUAUUAGCUAUACAUGUAAAAAAUUAUGAAUAUUAUAAUUUUAGAAAAAGAGUAAAUUUUGGGCAAAUUUUUUAAUAAAAUAAUUU